AAAACUAAAAAUAAAAAAGAGGGGCAGCACAGCAGCAGAGGCUUCAUGGCAUUUUCACUUUUCAGUAAUCACAUUCCGCAUUAUCUCCACACCCAACAGCUGUUUGCAAAUUGCAAUUGGGAGAGGAGAUGAGUAUUUGAAGUUUCCUUUUGUGGCCUGGAAAGAGCUGUUGGAGUUUGCACUAGAAAAGAGCUGUUACUUAGAAUUGAUGGAUUUUUCAAGUUUUCAUGGUGGUGGGAAAUGCGUUUCACUCCACAGCAAGUUACUUACUGCCGGUUCUUGAGCUCGAUUGAGUGAGAUCUGGGAAUUGUUAGGUACUUGGCAUCAGUUCGGGCAGAGGAGGAGUAAUAGGGAAGUGGUGGGCUGGGCUUCCUUGUGAUUCAGUUUGUUGUUUGCUUUUCUUGCCAAUUUUCAGAGUCUUGCAAGACACAUUUCGAAGUGGAAGUUCUGGUUGCCCGGGAGCUAUGAAUAUAGUGAAGUGGCCACCUAUUGUUGUAGCUGUGUUUGUGCUUGGAUUCAUUGGUAGGCCUGUGGAUCUCCGCAAAAUGUGACAUUUCUUGGCCAGACUUAUGUGCCAGAUUCAGUUCAAUCCUCGGUUUCUUUGAAAAGCCAAGGGAAUUCUUAUGGUGCUACCUCCAAUUCCACCGCCCCAUUUCCUAUUUAUCAGUCUGCCAGAGUGUUUUCAAGCACGACAUACUACAGAUUCGACAUUGAGCAAGAAGGCAGGCAUUGGGUUCGCCUUCACUUUUAUCCUCUCCCAGACCGGAAUUUGUCUUCUGCUUCAGUCACUGUUGUCACUGAGGACUUUGUGCUCUUGCACAACUUCAGUUUCGACAGUCACAAUGGUUCUUACCUUUUCAAGGAGUAUUUGAUCAAUGUCACUUCUGAUAGCUUGUCAAUUGCUUUCAUUCCUGGGAACAAUUCUGUUGCUUUUGUCAAUGCUAUCGAAGUUGUGUCCGUCCCGGACAACCUGAUCCCUGACCAGGCUGCGGCCUUAUCACCUCCCCGUCCUUUUAGUGGCCUUUCUGGAAUGGCUCUAGAGACCAUUUAUCGUUUGAAUAUGGGUGGUCCUCUCAUUACUGCUCAGAAUGACACUUUGGGGAGAGCUUGGGAGAAUGAUGUGAAGUAUCUUCACGUGAACAGCUCUGCUGUGAAUGUUUCUGUCGAUCCUUCAAAUAUAAAGUACAGUGAUAAUGUUGCGCGUGAAAUAGCACCAAAUUAUGUUUACGCCACAGCCGAAACCAUGGGAGAUGCAAAUGUGGCCAAUGUGAACUUCAACAUCACUUGGGUCUUCCCAGUUGAUCCAAAUUUCUCAUACUUUGUGCGGGUUCAUUUCUGUGAUAUCGUGAGCAAAUCUUUGAACAGUCUGAUAUUCAACCUAUAUAUCAAUACUGAUAUUGCUCUUGGCAGUCUGGACCUAUCAAACCAAGCAGGUAACUUGGAUGUGCCGUACUACAAAGAUUUCAUCUCCAAAAUUUCAGCAGAUUCAAAUACUCUGACAGUCAGCGUGGGUCCUGAUACAAGCACUGAUUUCAUAAAUGCGAUCAUGAACGGUCUGGAAAUCAUGAAGAUUAGCAAUGAAGCCAGAAGCUUUGAUGGACUUUCGUCUGUGGAUACUCUCCUCGUAUUGCCUCCCAAAAAGAGCAAAACAGGUGUCAUAAUUGGAUCUGUGGCUGGUGCCGUGGCUGCAUUGGUGUUUAUUGGAUUAGGUUACUUCUGCUUGGCGGCUCGCAGGUCGAAGGAAGCUCCACAAGGAAGUUCUUGGCUUCCUCUGCCCUUAUAUGGAAACUCUUUGACAAUGACAAAAAUGUCGACCACUUCGCAAAAGAGUGGCACGGCAAGCUGCAUCUCCUUAGCUUCCUCCAACCUUGGCCGGUUCUUCACGUUUCAAGAAAUAAUGGACGCGACCAAUAAAUUUGAUGAAAGCUUGCUUCUUGGUGUUGGUGGUUUUGGUAGGGUGUACAAAGGAACCUUGGACGAUGGAACCAGAGUGGCUGUUAAAAGAGGGAACCCGAGAUCUGAGCAAGGCCUUGCUGAAUUCAGAACUGAAAUUGAAAUGCUAUCCAAGCUUCGCCACCGUCACCUCGUGUCUCUCAUUGGCUAUUGUGAUGAGCGGUCAGAGAUGAUUCUUGUCUAUGAAUACAUGGCAAAUGGGCCUCUCAGAAGCCAUCUCUACGGAACAGAUCUCCCACCUCUCUCCUGGAAACAGCGCCUCGAGAUAUGUAUCGGUGCAGCUAGAGGGCUUCAUUAUCUCCACACUGGAGCAGCUCAAAGUAUUAUCCACCGUGAUGUGAAAACAACCAACAUACUCCUAGAUGAAAAUUUCGUUGCAAAAGUAGCUGAUUUUGGUCUGUCUAAAACUGGACCAGCUAUCGAUCAAACUCACGUUAGUACCGCUGUCAAAGGUAGCUUCGGAUAUCUUGACCCCGAGUACUUCAGACGACAACAACUGACCGAAAAAUCAGAUGUCUACUCAUUCGGUGUAGUUCUUAUGGAGGUGCUCUGUACGAGGCCGGCUCUGAAUCCUGUUCUUCCUCGAGAGCAAGUUAACAUUGCUGAGUGGGCAAUGACUUGGCAAAAGAAGGGAAUGCUGGACCACAUUAUGGACAAGAAUCUCGUCGGGAAGGUAAAUCCUGCGUCUCUGAAGAAAUUCGGAGAGACAGCAGAGAAGUGUCUCGCUGAGCACGGUGUUGAUAGGCCAUCAAUGGGAGACGUCCUCUGGAACUUGGAAUACGCCCUUCAGCUUGAGGAGACCUCAUCGGCUCUCAUGGAGCCCGACGACAACAGCACAAACCACAUCCCAGGCAUUCCAUUGACACCGUUGGAACCAUUCGACAACAGUGUCAGUAUGAUCGACGGUGUUAAUUCCGGGACGGAUGAUGAUGCCGAGGAUGCUGCCACCAGUGCUGUUUUCUCUCAGCUAGUAAAUCCACGAGGCCGGUGAAAAAACAAACGUCUCUGAUUUUUUUCUUAUCACGAUGAUCGGUAGCUCGACUGGAGUUAGCUUCUGGGCUGGAAGAAUAAGUAGAUACAUCCCAAGCAGGCAAAGGUGAUAUGCUAUUCUUUUUAAUUUCUGGAAAUUUUACUCAAUUUUUUUCCCCAUAAUAAUAUAAUUCAAUGUAUGUAUCAUAUAUGAUUGCUGGGGCAAAUGCAUGUAGCAAAGUUGUGUGUGCACAGCCCCUAUGAAAUGUAUCCUUAUAUUGAAAAAAUUGGAGUAACACAGUUUACAGCUUUCAUUACU